CUCCCGAGUCCCGACUCCCCGUUCGGGCUGCCCUGCCUCCUCUCCCAUCCCAAGUCCCAACCUGCCACUCGCCGCCUAGGAAGAGCUAGGUUCGGCCGUCCUGCGCCGCCGCCAGAGCCCCCAUCUCCGCCGCCGCAACCCAUCUCCGCCACCCUGCGACGCAGCACCAUCUCGUCUGCCGCGACGCGCCACCGUCGCAGCUCAUCUCUUGCCGCCCUGCGCCACAACCCCAUCACCUCCGCCCUCGCCGCCGUCGCAUCGCCCACCUCCGUGACCAUGCACUGCAUCCCCAUCUCGUCCGCCACCCUUGUGCCGCCGUCGAACUACCCCAAGCUCCGCGACCACCCUGCGUCGCAGCCCCAUCUCCUGCACCACCCAGCGCUGCAACCCCAAGCUCCGCCGCCGCAUCCCCCAGCUUUGCCGCAGCUGCCCUCACCUUCAACCGCCGCCGGAAUGAGAUCCACAGAGGUGAGUGUAGAAAGUAGAAUACUUGUGGUGUACAGUGUGAAAUUUUCAAAAAACACUGUGCAACAGGUGAUUCGGCAUUUUGCCUAUCUUCUGGAGUUCAGCAGAUCUUUAUCGGCUUUGACAGUUCCUAAUGUUACCACUGUGAUUUCUACAAUCAAUCGGUCAAUGAGAACAUAUGCGGGACCUUUAUUGCUCCUGAGUAUAUUAUUAGAUCCAUUUGAUCCAUACUUUGCACAUGUCUAAGAUCAGAAGGUAAUGUACCGAUUAGGGAGUUAUGGGACAGAUGCAGUUGAAUAAGUCUACUAUGAUAAAACAAGCUUGAUGGUAUGGUCGAAGAUAGAUGGUUAUAAGAUAGCGAAACAAACUCUAACAUGGUGAGGUUCCCAAUGCCAUCUGGUAUGGAGCCAGAGAAUCUAUUGUUAUCGAGGAGCAAGACUACAAUACUCCUUAGCAUACCAAAUUGUACCGGUAUUGAGCCAGUCAUGCUAUUUACAUUGA